GGCUCGUUCACAGCUCCGCGAGCUCUCCCCCAAGUUGUGCCACACGAAGCGAAAAACCGAAAUUUCUUGGUUUUUGUUUUACUAUUUACGAACGAUUUUUGGAUUCCGCUUUGUUAUUCAUCGUCUCCCCCCAUCGCCCGUUCUCUUUUUUUAACUUCAAAAAUUAUUCCGCAGUGCGUGUCCUGUACGGGAAAAUUAAUUUUGUUUCCCCCCCCCCCCAAAAAAAAGACAAGAACAGACAAAGUGAAAAGGAGAGACAAGUCGCAUUGUUCGCAAUUUCUGUUGGUAAUCAGGAGCCGCUUUGUUCGCCCGCCUCCUCCUCUCCUCUGUUGUUGUGUCGCCUACGGCAGUGAUCGCCCGUCCGCCGAUGAUUAUCCAAUUCACAUUGUUUUCAAUAGGCGACCCGUUUCGCCGCUAAAGCCUCUCCCCCCGCUCUCCACCCCAUUGCCAGACAUCUAAAUCCAAUCUUUGGGUUGUUUAUCGACGAAAGUUAAAAGCAAAGAAGAAGAAGAAGAAAAUCAAACCAACGGGAAAAGCAGAAAAGAAAAAGAAACGAGACGUUUGUUGUUUGGCUUCGCUCGUUUGACGAUUUUUUCGCGAUCAAUUCAGCGACGUUGUCGUCGGUCCGUCUUGCGUCCGUCCGUCCGUCAGGUCCGUUUGUGUGUUAUCUUUCUGGUGGGGGUUUGUCCCGUUCUGGAACCGAAUCAGACGGGAAAACGGAGUCGUUUGACUAUCUCCAGCCUCUCCGGCAAAGCCCCUGGCUGUGGCUCCCGUCAGUGCAAGCCGGGCAGAGUGACUACACGUACUCGGCCGUCCCACUGCACCACCCGCACCAUCAGCACCAGUCGUCACCGUUGAGUUCGCAGCCGGCCAAGAGACGGAAAACGUCGUCGUCGUCGACGGUUGUCGGGACGAGUCUCGCCGGAUCAGGAUCAGUCGGAUCAGCCACGAGCGGUGCGUCGAACUCGACGGCCAGGGCGAGUUUUGAAGCUACUGAACUGUCCGUCUGCCUACCGGCCUCCGCUGCUGCGGCUGCAGCGGCGGCUGCCUGCCAACAGUUCACGACGGAUCCCCUCGCCGCCGAAGACUUGCUCCUCAGCUGGUACUCGCUCUACCAGCCGCGGCCCAAUCCCAGCUCUGCGGCGGCAGCCGCCCACCACCAGGCGGCCACGGCGGCCGCAGCCGCUGCCGCAGCCGCCGCUUCGGCUCCCGCCGGCUCGAUGCUGGCCGCUAUGUCGACUCUGAUGAUGCCGGCCGCCGCCAUGACGCUGGCCGGCCAUCACAAUCUCCAUCAUCACCAUCCGGGGGCCGCGGCCGCUCUGGCCGGCGCCCUACAGCACCAGCACCAACACCAGCCGCAUCACCACCAUCCGCAUCACCACCACCAUCACCACCAUCACCAGCAGCAGCAACAACAGCAACACCAACAACAUCAGCAGCAGCAGCAGCAGCAUCAGCACCAGCCCAAGCCGGCCGACUUGCUGAGCAUUUCGGCGGCCGCGGCGGCCGCCGCCGCCUCGUCUGGAUCUCACCCGGCCGGAGCCGCUCUGCCCAUGGCUCACUUGGCUCUCAAGACGGCCAGCGUCAACGGUCACGGCGGGAGCGGCAGCAGCAGCAGCAGCGCCAGCAGCGGCGGAGGAAGCGCCGGAAGCGGGACGGCCAACGGCCAUUGUCAGAACAGCAACGAACAUUUCCACAUUUUCGUGGGGGACCUGAGCCCGGAAAUCGAGACGCACACGCUCCGCGACGCCUUCGCCGCUUUCGGAGAGAUCUCAGACUGCCGUGUGGUGCGAGACCCCCAGACGCUCAAAUCCAAAGGCUACGGAUUCGUUUCAUUCGUCAAGAAGUCGGACGCUGAGAACGCCAUCGCCGGAAUGAACGGACAGUGGCUCGGCACUAGGGCCAUCCGCACCAACUGGGCCACCCGUAAACCACCGGCCCCAAAAGAUGGCGCGUUUUUCUCAGCCGGAUCCAAACCCAUGUCGUACGAGGAAGUCUUUGGCCAGUCAUCCUCCACCAACUGCACCGUCUACUGCGGCAAUUUGGCCCAGGGAUCGACCGAGGAGGCCCUGCAGAAGAUUUUCGGACCCUACGGUCAGAUCCAGGAGAUCCGGGUCUUCAAGGACAAGGGAUACGCCUUUAUCAGAUUCGCGUCGAAAGAAUCGGCCACGCAAGCCAUCGUCUCGGUCCACAAUACCGACCUCAACGGUCAAAAUGUCAAAUGCUCCUGGGGCAAGGAGCCCGGAGAGCCGGGUAGCGCUAACAAUGCCCAGCUGAUGACGGGCGGAUUGGGACCGACCAACACGCAGUACCCGUACGGCUACAACCAGGGCAUGAGCUACUGGUACCCGGGCGGGUACCCGCCGCAGAUGCAGUCGCAGUUUGUGCAAGGGAUGCAGGGCUAUGCGGCCUACGGCCAGUUUGCCGGCUACCAGCCCGGCAUGGGCAUGCAGCUGCCGGGCGGCUGGCAGAGCGUUCAGGCUCAGGCCGGAGCUGGCCAGCAGAUGGCAGCGGCCGCCGCCGCCGCUGCCGCCGCCGCCUCCCAGCAGGGUGGUAUGGUGGCCUCCUACCCCAUUCAGCAAUUCCAGGAUUCCAAUUUCAUUUAGGAUCAGUGAUGAGGAUGAUGACACAGCUUGAUCAUGACGACGAGGCACUUGGCGCGAAACGACAGAGAAACUGAUGACACGGGGGAAAAAACAGAAACAGAGAAAAAAUCAGAGAAAAAUCAGAGACAGAAAAAGUUUAUAUUGUGUGCGAGCCGUCAGCGGGAGAAAGAAAAAACUAACUAAACAAAACAAAAAUCAUUAAAACAAUUCGUCGAGUAUUGAGGACUGGAAAGGAAAACAAAAUCAACACGCGGGAGAAAUUACAAGAGGAAAAACAAAAAAACGAUUCUUUAAAUCAAUUACAAGAAAUGGCAAUUUUUUGGAAGCAGACGAAGGAUGGAGGAGGAACUGCAGAGAAGCCGGUCGCAACGAAAAAGAAAAAAAAAAAAUUGAGAAGUCAAAAAGUGAAAUGCGAAACACAAAAAAAAAAUUAAUUAAUAAUUCAAAAAAUAAAAUUUACAAAAUGUGGUGAUGACUAAAAAAAAAAAAACAAUACUGUGGUGGUGCUGCUGCUGUUGUUGUUGGUGUUGCGGCGGCGCUUUUGAUUGCAAAAAAAAUGAUAGUUAACUAAAAAAAAAUCAAAUACAAAAAAUUACGAGAAACAUACCAACACGACGGGAGACAGGCAAAGAAAUGUUGGUGACUAAAAAAUUAGGGUUAUGUCUAAAUUUGUCGGAUCAUUUUUUUUUUCUCUUCACGAAAGACGGUCGUUGAGUGGCGAAGAAAUUUAACGAGCUGAGAGGGAACGGGAGGGGGGAUCAAAUGAGUUUAUACAGAUGCGCGCAUUUUCAUCUCACGUUUUUCAUUUCAUUCACACACGUUUCAUUCACCCCCCACUCCUUCCCCCUACAACCAUCUCAUUUCGACACACUGAUACACACCCCACACACUUCAUACACACCCACACACACACACAAUCGCCAUUUGACACAGACGAGGAGGAGGUGAAAGAAGAAAAGAAAAAAAAAGGGAAUUUGACCUAAACGAGCAAAUGAAGAAUAUAAUUUCCUUCUUUAUUUUGUUCGCACACAAUUUCUUUUUCUUUUUUUUUUAAUUAUUUGUUUCGAAAUCAUGAUUAUUUGCGUAUAAAACAAAAAAAAUUGAAGAGGAGUUGCAGUUUGAGGUGAGACAAAUACAUGAGUUCGCAAAUUAAGUUUUUAUUAUUUUAUGUUUUUUUCUUUUUAGGUUAAUUUUAAUUUUGGUUAUUUUAUUUUAGUUAAAUUUUUUUUUAAAUGAUGUCAGGUCAGGCUGAAAAUGGUUCCCCCUCCCCAAAAAUAAACAAACCCGUAUUUAUAACACAGCGUAAUAAAUAUAAGAGUCUACCAGUAUACAAUUUAUAUGCAUACGACAAUAUGUAUGUGUAACAUAUAUUGCGAUUGCGUGCGCGUCGCGGUGCUCUCUGGGUUUUUUAACUGUCCCCCCUCACCCCCCAACCAUUAUUCUUUUUUAUUUAUUUAUUUUUUAUUUUUGGCUGGGAUCUUGGGCUGGGUGCGUGUUGAUUUCUAGUGUUGUGUGUACGAUUGGAGUUCCGUGUGUUAUCCCCCCUCCCCUCCCCUCACCAGAAAUCAAGAAUACAAACACAAAAUAGUUCAAUACAAUCAAACAAUUUAAAAAAUAACAUCCAAAUGAGUGAGAGAGAGAAAAAAAGCCCUCCACUUCCCUCGUAUUUCUUCCAAUUCCAGACGACGUCCUCGGCGAGAGAGAAAAACAAAAUUCCUUUGAUUUUUUUUUUAUUUCUUUUUCAAUUUAAAUCUCCCGCCGUAGUAGGGAGGGAUCGAUUUUGGUUGUUAUCACUUGGUGAUUGUUGCUUCCUCGAAAUAUUUGGUUACAAAUGGAGUGUGUGACUGUGUGUCCUUGUGCGUGGGGCGUCAAUAUUUGUGUUUUCUCCGAAGACGGGGGAAGAAGAAAAAUAACCUGAAGUUGACAAAAAACAAACAAGAUUUCUCCCAUUCCUAUCGCGUCUCUUUUUGUCUCUUGUGUUUUUCCUCUCCACCCAUUUGACAAAACGAAAAAAUCCUGCUCACCGGAUUCCUACUCCUCCUUCUUAUAUUUUUCAUUUGAAACUACAACCGACGGUUUCCAGGCAGGAAUUGUUCUCUCCCCCCCCCCCCCCAAAAAAAAAAAAUUCUUCUUUUCCCUCCGUGAAGGGAAUCUACCAAAAACUAAGAAAAAAAAACCAAAAUAUAAAAUAUAUAUGAUAACUGUGCGUGUUUGCGUGCGUGAGAUCAAUGUCACUGUUGACGUCAUCAUCCGGAGCUUUUUUUCUGAUACGGGGAAAGAAAAAAGAAGAAAAAACAAAAAAAGAAAAAAAUUUGUGUGUUUGUUUGUUUUCGGUUUAGAUCUGUUGUUCUGUUUGUUUGUUUGUUGUUGGUUUGCUGGAGGGGGUAUAGGUUAGGAGGAGACAUGCAGAUGUUGAGGAGAUAUAUAACCUAGGUGAGUUGAAAGGGUGUGGGUGGAAGGGAAAAAAAGAUUGGCCCCAGCGUGAAUCGAUUCCCUCCGUUAUUCCGGAAUAGCCGAGUUGUUACCGAGUCCCCAGGUUGUAAUAGAUGCCGGAGAGAACAUCAAUGUUUUUGUAAAUCUUCGCGGAAAAAGUAAAUGAAGACAAAAAUUUGUUUCUUUUGAUGUGUCAAAAGAAACACCCCCUCCCUUAUGUUGUUGAAAAAUUCUGUUUGCGUAAAAACCCCCCCGAGAUGGAAAAGAGAAAAACAAAAAUAGAAAUAUUAUUGGUUAGUUCACUAGAAGGUAUUCCAGUUUAGAAUUGUAGAAAUUUGGAUGGGCACGGCGCGCUUUUAUAUUGUCUCUUGUAUCGGUUUCGGUAAAAAGAAGAAGAAAAAAUAAUUAUCCGUGCUAAUUCAAAUGAUUAUGAUGAUUAUUUUCGUUGGAAUAAAAACAAAAAAUAAUGGAAAAUAAACACACUGCCCUCCUCAUAAUUCCCCAUUGAAUCCCAACUACACACAAGUACACACACACUACACAUACAGUCGAUUUUUUUUUUUUUUGAAACACGCGUACUAUAUUCUAUAAGUGAAUGGGCUUUUAUUUUUCACUAACUCUUCCUUUGUCGGAGAUAUCGUGUGUUUUUUUAUUUGUCCGAUUUGAAUUUUUUUUAUGAAUGUCAAUUUUUAAUUUCUAGGGGAAAAAUUUGAACUUGAUGAAAUUCUUUUUUUUUUUACUUUCCCAAUUUUGAUUUGCAAUUAAAAUUCUAGCGACAAUUCGGGAAGAAAAAUUGGGAUUCAGCGUGAUUGUGUGCGUGUGCACGUAUGUGUGUGUAUAACCGUUUGUAUAAGCUCUCUCUCCCCCCGUGCAGUUAGAUUUUUACAAAAAGAGGCAAAUGUUAACCCCCCCACCCCACCCCCAACAUACAUACA